CGCACGGACCCGCGCAGGAGGACACGGCCAGAAGAUGGCUGACUUAGCCGGGCGCCGCGAGCCCUCGGCGGCAUCCCCCGCGUCACACGGGCCGCUGCGAAGCUGCGAGACGCCCGCCGUCUGGCGACUGUGAACCGGCCUCACUCCCUCCUCCGCUCACCGCAAAUAUUGACAGAAGCACCGCAGAGAAAACAUGGCAGAGAUGGAGAAAGAGGGCAGACCCCCGGAAAAUAAAAGGAGCCGAAAGCCUGCGCACCCGGUGAAGAGGGAGAUAAAUGAAGAGAUGAAGAGUUUUGCAGAGAACACCAUGAAUGAGCUGCUGGGCUGGUACGGCUACGACAAGGUGGAGCUGAGAGACUCUGACAACCUGGACAUAGGGGACACACCCCAACACAUCUCUGUCCUCAGAGAAAACUUGUUGCCAAAAAUCCCAGUUUCAGCAGAGAGCAGCGAGGGCUCCCCGGAUCGAGCCAACAGCUCCCAGUCUCUGCCAGCCCCCAGGAACGGAGUCACAGAUCCCUCCACCACACCGUACACCUCCACGCCCGGCAACAAGGAACAUGGCAACCUGCCCAUCAUAGUCCCCAUGAUCCCUCCGCCACUGAUCAAGCCCCCUGCAGAUGAGGAUGCAUCCAACAUGCAGAUCAUGUGCGCCUGGUGCCAGAAAGUCGGUGUCAAACGCUACUCUCUGAGCAUGGGGAGUGAGCUGAAGAGUUUCUGCAGUGAGAAGUGCUUCGCCGCCUGCCGCAGAGCCUAUUUUAAGAGAAACAAGGUGUGUGACUGGUGCAAACAUAUUCGCCACACUAAGGAGUACCUGGACUUUGGGGCUGGUGAGCGGAGGCUGCAGUUCUGCAGUGCCAAAUGCCUGAAUCAAUAUAAGAUGGACAUUUUCUACAAGGAGACGCAGGCAGCACUGCCUGGUGCACUGUGUAACCCAGGACAUGGGUCUGGUGGGGAGGGUAAGCCUGAGUGCAGUGGAGGGGUACAGCUGCUCACUCCGGAAUCCUGGGGAACACCAUUAACAGACCUGCGGCGUAAAGCUCCCUCACCAACCGCCAAUUCUGGCUUUGCCCCUUGUACUUCUUCUGCCACCUCACCCUCAGACACUGCUGCUCUCUGCUCGCCAUCCUCCUCCUCCUCAGCCAAGAUCCCCACACCCAGACCCCACGAGAGUCCCACACUUCCCCCUCCACCUGUUCCCACUUUGCACCCACCAGUUGGAGUUCCCUCUGGUAGCCCUCCAAUGGUAAUGACACCCCGGGGGCCUAUGCCCCUGCCUCUGUUCAUGGAGCAUCAAAUGAUGCAGCAGAUGCGUCCUCCGUUUCUUCGCCCCUCCGCCCACCCAGCAGGGCCCCACAGCCCACUUUCAAACCCUAUGAUCCCUGGUAUUGGUCCUCCACUUCCUCCGAGGACCCUUGGUCAAGCAUCAAGCCCCAUGCACAGGCCCCUGCUAUCUCCACAUGUACACCCCUCAUCCAAUCCUAACCAUGGCAUGAUGCCCCCCCAUCCUGGUCUCCCAAUGCCAGGACUGCCCCCUUUCAACAUGAUUCCCAAUGGACCUAUACCCCUGCCCCCAAUGAUGAAUUUUGGUAUGCCAUCAUUGGCCCCAUUGGUUCCCCCACCAACUCUUUUAGUCCCUUAUCCUGUUAUUGUACCCCUUCCAGUCCCAAUACCUAUUCCAAUCCCAAUUCCCAUGAAUCCCAAAACGUCCAGGGAUCCGCCGGAGAGCAAUGUCUCUGUCCACAGUGCUCCAGAGUCGUCCGAAGUUUCAGUUUCUGGGUCACACUCUCCAAGUUCCUCUGGCAGUGACAGAGGGGAGCAGAAAAUAGAGCCAGCCACUGCAGAGCAUUUUUCUCCUGUACGUUCAGAGAGAAGCAGGAUGGCAUUGGUGGACUUGACUGUGAAGGCAGAGGAAAAUUCAGGCAACCAGUGUCUAACCAGCAGUCCUAGACUUAUGGAUGGUGUUAUUGAUUUAACUGUGGGCCAGAGGUCAUGCCAACAGCAGGUAAUUCAGAGGAUGCUACCUGAGGUCCGGGUCAAAGUAGAAGCAGAGGCUGAAUCACAAUCUCCACCCGCUGCUGGGCUUGGUAGGGAAGGGAAGGGCAGUCGUGAUGGUGGGGAAGGGGGCCUCUCACAGGGUCUCCUCAGUGCUCCACUGCUGGAAGGAGCCACACACACAAACACACUGGAAUCAUCAGAGCCACCCUCCCACAACAACAGCCUUUCUUGCAAUGGUGAUCCUCCAGCAAGCCAGCUAAAUCCCUCCAUCUCCAGCCUCACCCCACCACCCUUACCCAGCACAGCACGGACGCAGCCCCAACCAUUGACCCAACUCCAAACUAACCCUUGUACCCCAUGUAAUGUCAUAGUCAAUGGUACAGGAUGGCAUCCGCUUCUCACCCCCACCUUUGAGUCUUACCCUGACCGAAAAAGAGAUGCAGGAGAAGGAGAGGAAGAGGAUCAGCCAGCCAAUGGAGAGCUGGAGCGUGAGGCACUGAAAGAGAACAAUUGCUCUGUUGGAGACUGGGAGCCAGGGAAGCGGCGCUCAGCACAAGAUGAGAUGGUAAACUCAGUAGAGGGUAAGCCAGACCCUGACUCCAACUUGGAGGAGGGCGAGCAUGCAUAUGCCCUGCCCCUGCUGUCUGCCGGAGGCUGUGUGGUCAUCCAGCCUGUGCCAAAGCCCGGCGCUGACAAAACGGCCAUCCUAUCCUGUUCCAUCAGUGCACCUUUAUCAGCAGACGGGAGCCCAGACCUGGAACCGCCACUGAAGAGGAGAUGCCUGCGAAUCCGCAAUCAAAACAAAUGAGAUGGAUGCUCUGAGGGAUGCAGUGCCAUCAAUGACACUCACUUGUCCAACCCCACCUCCAAAUCCCACCCCUCCCAACUACACCACUGCACAUUCACAUGUACACACACACACACACACACACACAGACACACACACUUUGUUCUCGUCCUCACCCAUCGUCCAGUCUACCAGCACCACAAAUCGCCUUCAACGACCGAUGAGAGUCCAACCAAACAUGUUGAUGUGUAUCAUAGCAGAGCGAACAGGACUUCUUUUGUCUGUGUGACAGAGACUCUAAUGGACUGAACUUCUACAGAUUUGAUGUCGAAGCCAGCAGGAUCGUUUCACCUUCUGAACUGCAGACUGUGUCCCUUGCAACAGGAGGACUUCACCCUGCUGCUUCUGUCCCCAUUUGGAUUCUCUCAGCCCACACUGUCCUUUAUACCUUAUACACCCUCCCCUAUCAGAGUAAGUGCUCUGUUACACACUAUAGUGUACGAUAUUCAGAGCCGCUGUUGGGAAGGUCCUGGGGCCUAGAGAGAGGUUUCCAUCCGAUAGGCUCCUGUUUAGGUCCGACCUGAUGCCACACCACAGUUAAAAUCUCAGCUCCAGCAAGUGUUGUUUAUUUUCCUCACACAACUUGUCACUAAGUCUAGACUGUAGAGCCACAGAGUUGAAAAUAUCUAAAAAUCUUCUCAGCCUCAGCUUGUCCACAACCAUUCACAGACAUAUUUGCCCACCUGGACACCGAGUGUUUGGGGGUAAUUCUGAUGGGUGGGAAAAAGAAGCAGUGUAACUGACGGAUAAUAUGAUGAGAUAUUUCAAUCAGACACUAGAAAAAAGUCCUUGCACAUAAAAUCAUCAGUUGUGUUGAGCAACUGAAUCCGCAAACUGGAGGAUAAAAUAUUAACCUUCACCAGCAAAUGAUGGCGUGUGAGUGGAAUCAUGCGAUCUCUGCCAUG